AUGAAACUAAAACAAAAGAUCUUAUUAAUAUAUUCAUUCGUUAAAAUGCAAAGAAUAAAAACAUUUCACACCAUUGUUAUGGGAUACGUAUCUUCUGGGCGUUCAGCGAUGAUAUACCAGUUUUGUUUAAAUAAAUUUUAUGAUAAAAUUGACACGUUGACAGAAAAAGAAUUUUUUAAAAAAGUAUUACUCGAUCGAAAAUUUAUACCCGUCUCAUUAUUUGAUCAUAUGACACCACAAGAUCCAUAUGAUUUUGUUUUCGAAAAAAUUAAAAAUAUUGAUGGAUUUAUUAUAGUUUAUUCAAUAACUUCAAAGCCUUCUUUUAUUUACGCGUGUGUUAUUUAUGAAGCUAUUCUACGAAAUUAUUUGGUCGAGAGUUUCCCAUGCGUUUUAUGUGGAACCAAAAGCGAUUUAGAGACACAGAGAAGCGUUUCAAAAGAAGAAGGAGAGAAUAUUGCAAAAGAAUGGGGUGUUCCAUUUUUCGAAAUAUCAACAAAAAAUAAUGUAAAUAUUACUGAGUGCUUUUUAGCAAUAAUAAAUGAAAUUUUGGAAUCCAAAACAAACGAAGAACUUUAUGAAGAGAUACCAUUGUCUGAAACGACAAAGAAAAAACGCUGUGAAAUUGUAUAA